AUGCCAAUGCCACAGUUUCACAGCGCUAACAACUUGCCAAUUAUCAACAACCUACUCAGAGGACUCGGCUACCAGUUCUCCAACAAAUGGUAUGAUGAACCCCAAGGAUGCUUCCCAGGAUGGAACAAGCCUCUCUUCAAGCAAUUGAGGGCACAAGAGGAUGGACCACUGGAUGGGUACACCUUGGCUGACUUCCCUUGGUACAUGCAAUUGACCACUGAGGAACCCAGUAACCAAGUUACUGAAUCAUACUUACCAGGAGACUUUUACUGUUUCCAAAAAGCAUUGAAGGGAGGGCCUCGUAGAACUUACUUACCCACAGACUUCUACAAGUAUAAGGAAAUGGUUAAGGAAGAGCCUCAGACUUACCUUCCAGGAGCCUUUUACAAGUAUAAGGAGUUGACUAACCAGAAGAAGCAGCCAGAGUACUUGCCUGGCGACUUUUUCGAUUUAUGGAAGCCAGCUAAAAACGAAAAAGUGUUUUUGCCAGGCGAUUUCCAUUUCUAUAGGGUUCUUUGUAAGGAAGAGACCUCCAGUUUCCUUCCAGGCGACUUUUUUAAGUACGACAAGGUGAAGACCAAGUCUUUGUCGUAUUUGCCUGGAAGUUUUUAUUUCUAUGGGCAGCUUCAGAAGGCUGAUCCGUGGAAGGUUUAUUGUCCAGCCCAUUUUGAGGAUUUCUUUACCAUUUGGGUGGAAGAGGAGGAAAAGAAGGAGGAGGCAGAAGAAGAGGUGUAUUUGCCUGGCGACUUUGAAGGUUUAUAUGCCCUUUGGGGGCAGUCUGAGGAAGAGGAGAAGAAGGAAGGUGAAGGUGUCCUUGGAGUCUGGGGAGAGUUCUACGAGGGAAGAGGUAGAGUAGAAGAAGUAGUAGUAGAGGAGGAAGUAGACGGUACUGGUUUCGGUAUCUGGGGAGACUACUAUGAAGGGGAGGAAGAAGAGGAGGUCUACUUACCUGGAGACUUCGAAGGAUUCUAUGAUAUCUGGGGAGAAGAAGAGAAUGAAGAAGCCUACUUGCCAGGUGAUUUCCAGGACUUCUAUGAACUUUGGGGUGAAGGUGAAGAGGAAGAAGAAGUCAAUGAGGAAGUCAAUGAGGAAGCUUUCUUGCCUGGAGACUUUGAAGGCUUUUACGAUAUCUGGGGAGAAGAGGAAGAAGAAGGUAACAGUGAAGCCUAUUUACCUGGAGACUUCGAGGGCUUCUUUGGUGUUUGGGGAGAAGAAGAGGAAGAAGUCAAUGAAGAAGUGUUUUUGCCUGGUGACUUCGAAGGCUUUUUUAAUAUCUGGGAAGAUGCUGAAGUCAAUGAAGAAGCCUAUUUACCAGGAGACUUUGAAGGUUUCUUUGGUACUUGGAGAGAAGAGAAAGAGAAUGAAGAAGAAGAAGAAGAAGAAGAAGAAGAAGCUUACUUGCCUGGUGACUUUGAAGGUUUCUUCGGUUCCUGGAGAGAGGAAGAGAAUGAAGAAGAAGUAUAUUUGCCAGGUGAUUUUGAAGGGUUCUAUUCCAUUUGGGGAGACACUGAAGCAGUUGAUGAAGAGGUCUACUUACCAGGUGACUUUGAGGACUUCUACAAUAUCUGGGGAGAAGAGGAAACCAACGAGGAAGUCUAUUUACCUGGAGAUUUCGAAGACUUCUAUUCCAUUUGGGGAGAAGAAGCAAGUGAAGAAGUCAAAGAAGAAGCAAGCGAGGUUGAAGAGAAUGAAGAAGCCUUCUUGCCUGGCGACUUUGAAGGGUUUUACUCCAUCUGGGGAGACUCAGUCAAUGAAGAGGAAGCCAAUGAAGUUAAUCAAGAAACCGAAACCUUCUUGCCAGGCGACUUCUCUGGGUUCUACGAAGACUGGACCGAAACCAGCAAGGAACCUCAGCACUCUUCCAAGAAGCCCUCUCCAACCUUCUUACCCAAGGACUUCUUCUUCUGGCAAAACGUCCAAAAAGAAGACUCCCACGAACCACAGUUCCCCAACAAGUUCCAUUUCUGGGACAAUAUCACCAGAGAAACAGAGGCUGCUGCUUAUACUCCUCUGGACUUCUACUUCUGGAAGGAACUGGUGAGAGAGUCUUGCCUGGAGACUUUCUACCCAAAGGACUUCUUCUUCUGGGAAGGUUUAUUGAAGGAGAAGAACCAGGACUACUUGCCCAAGGACUUCCUCUUCUGGCAACAGUCAGUUAAGGAAGAAAAGGUUUCCUACUUGCCCAAGGACUUCUUCUUCUGGGAACAGCUGCUUAAGGAAAAGACCUCCUCCUUCUGGCCUUCAGACUUUGCUGGCUGUUUCAGCAACGACGCAACCAUCCAGGUUUAUGCUGUUCGGUCGUCCAAGAAGGUGGAGGAAGCAGAAGAUGAACAGCCCAAGCCAUACACUUUCCAGUUGAUUAUCCACGAUACGAACUCAGACUCGUCGAGUGACUCCAAUGAAGAAUUGAGCUUCUUUGAGAAGUGGGGGUUCCAUGAAUCGGACGUGAGUGACACUGAACUCAAUGAGUAUCUUGAUAAGGUGGACUGA